AUGUGCUACGAUGGCAACUAUUAUGGUGGCCUGGGCUAUGGCUACAGUGGUCUGGGUCACGGCUAUGGCUGCGGCUGGGGUGGCUAUGGUUAUGCCUGCUACCGUCCGCGCUGCUUCGGAAGAUACUGGUGUUCUGGCUUCUACUGA